ACUUUAAAACCAUUAUAAAUUUGGGUAUUUGCCAAAGUAGGAGAUGUACUCUCCAAGAUCACUAAGACUGCACUAGAGUCUUGUACUUGGUUUUUCCCCCUAAGAGAACUCCAUGGAUGCCCAAUGCCAAGCUCAAGCUCCCCUUGUUGAAGACCUUAAGGUCACAAUUGAAAGGUCAUCGAUAGUCCUCCCUUUCGAGAAAACCCCAAGGAGUUCCAUGUUCCUCUCUAACAUAGACCAGAUCCUCACCUUCAACGUCGAGACCGUGCAUUUUUUCCCGGCCAAUCCUGAAUACCACCAGAAGAUUGUUGUCGAACUGUUCGAGUCGGCUCUCUCUAGACUCCUCGUGCCAUAUGAUUUCAUGGCUGGCCGGCUCCACUUCAAUGAACAUUCACGUCGGUUUGAGAUCGACUGCAACUCGGCGGGAGCCGAGUUCAUCGUGGCCUCUAGUGAUCUCACAUUCUUGGAAAUUGGAGACCUUGUGUAUCCUAACCCUGCAUUUAGACAAUUUGUCCCUCAAUUAUCAAACUCAAAAGACUUGGCAGAUCUUCCUCUUUGUCUCCUACAGGUGACAUGGUUCAAAUGCGGCGGUUUUGUGAUGGGCCUCUCGACAAACCAUGCAACCUUUGAUGGUAUUUCGGCAAAAACGUUCAUCCAGAACCUGGCGUCCCUCACAGCUAGCACCACCUUGGCAGUGCAGCCAUACACUAACCGAGAGCCCCUUCGAGCUCGCUCUCCACCCCUUGUCUCGUUUCCCCACCCUGAGCUCUUUGAGUUUCCUAGCCUCCACUCUCCGGCAAACCUUGACAAUGGCUUGAUCGGUCCCCCAGCCGUUGCAGAAGACCACCACUUCAAAGUCUUUAGACUAACCGGAGAGGAUAUCGAUUCCCUUAAGCAGAAGGCUAGACAGGGUGGCGCACUGGAGUCAUGCACGAGCUUCAAUGUAGUGGCAGCGCACCUCUGGCGUUGCAAGACACUGGCUACCGGACGGGGGAAUGAGCAGUCCACCUUGUUGUAUGCGGUCGACAUACGUCGGAAAUUGAAGCCCCCUCUUCCGCACGAAUAUGCAGGAAAUGCAGUGCUAGCAGCUUAUGCUAUAGCAGAGCUUUCGGAGCUGAGGUAUGGCACCUUCAGCAACAUCGUUGAGAAGGUCUGGGAGGGACCACGGAGAAUUGAUGAUGAGUACGCGAGGUCGGUCAUCGACUGGGGCGAGGAGCACCGGGGAGUCCCGCGAGGGGACGUCUUCGUGUCAUCGUGGUGGCGGCUAGGGCUCUCAGAGGUGGACUACGUUUGGGGCAGGCCCAAGUACACUUGCCCUGUUGUGCAUGCUACUAAGGACAUCAUCUUGUUGUUCCCUGAUAUACAAGGGAUGAGUAGUAGCAAGGGGGUAAAUUGUUUGGUAGCCUUGCCAGAAAAGGAAAUGGAGGUAUUUCAAAAACUAUUCAAAGAUUUCUUGAAUGCAUAAUGGUGGAUAUGGAAAAAAGGACCCUUUUUUUUAGGCCAAAACAAGAGAAGGGAGUAAGGGCAUUGCAAAAAAAAAAAAAAAACUGUGUUUAUUUUGCAGAAAAGUAUAUGGUAUGGCUUUUUAAUUUUGGCACAAAAAAAUUACAAUUACUUUUAGUCGUUGCAGGUAAAAUCGGGCAAUUGAGGUGUCUUAUUAAGAGCUUUUAGUCUUAAAUAAGCAUUUUUGAACAUCAUGAGAUAUACUUAAUUACCUGAUUUUACAAUCAACAGCUAAGAUUAAUCGUGACCGUACCAACUAUAAAAAGCCUUACAAUAUAUGACCCCUCUUUGU